UCAGACAUUUAAAUCGUGUGGCGUCAUGAUUACGAAUUUCAAAAUUUAGGAAGCAACGACAGAGAAAGACCAGUAUUUCAUUGUGCCCCACGUUUUCUGGAAGAGGUCGUGUGAAAACCUAGACAAGAUGGCGCAGUUUGGGUUUGAGAACGACAUCCACAGUAUCUUGAAACUAGACAUGCCAAUCACAAACGCUCCCAUGGCGAGGUGGCAGAGAAAAGCCAGCUCUUCAGACGCAUCCGCCUUGAGUGGCUUGUCACCUGGAAAAUCUGCUAAUGUGUCACUGAGCUCCUCAAAAACGCCAAGCAAAACACCAGGCAAAAAUAAAAAACAAACACCUUCUAAGAUAGGGGGUGACCGCUUUAUUCCCACGAGAAAUAACAAACAAAUGGAUGUGGCAAGUUUUCUGCUCUCAAAGGAGAAUGAGCCCAUGGACACAAAUGCAGCUGUGAACCCAGAAAGCCAGAAAGCCUGGUCUGUGUCACUGAAUGGAUACAACAUUGAAGAUGCAAAGAUUCUGCACCUUGGAGGAAAACCCCUGAAUGCACCAGAGGGCUAUCAAAACAACUUGAAAGUCCUCUACAGUCAGGUUACGACUCCUGCCUCCAUCAAAAAGACAAGAUACAUAUCUUCAACUCCUGACAGAAUCUUGGAUGCUCCUGAACUUCGGAAUGAUUUCUAUUUGAACCUGUUUGACUGGAGCAGCCAAAACAUGAUCGCUGUGGCCCUUUACAACAGUGUUUACUUGUGGGAUGCUUCUCGAGGGGAUAUCACUCUUCUCAUGACGAUGGCGUGUAACGAGGACUACAUCUGCUCACUGUCCUGGACUGCAGAAGGAAGCUACCUAGCUGUUGGCACCAGUGAUUGCAAAGUUCAGCUGUGGGAUGUCGAACGCCAGAAGCGUUUACGUAGUAUGACAAGCCACACAGCUAGAGUUUGUAGUCUGAGCUGGAAUGACCAUAUUCUUUCCAGUGGCUCCAGAUCAGGACAUAUUCAUCAUCAUGAUGUGAGGGUGGCAGACCAUCACAUCUUCACCCUCACUGGUCACUCACAGGAGGUGUGUGGCCUGAAGUGGUCCCCUGAUGGUCGAUACCUGGCAAGUGGAGGCAAUGACAACCUGGUGUGUGUAUGGUCCCGUGUGCAGGAGGGCAGCGGCGGCAGCAGCAGCAACCAGGUAGUGCACUGCUGGAGUGAACAUCAAGGAGCUGUCAAGGCUUUGGCCUGGUGUCCAUGGCAGCCGAAUAUCCUUGCAUCUGGAGGCGGUACCAGUGACCGUCACAUCCGUAUCUGGAAUGUAAACAGUGGCUCCUGCAUCAGUUCACAUGACACUCAGUCACAGAUCUCAUCUCUGGUGUUUGCCCCCAAUUACAAGGAGUUGGUCUCUGCCCAUGGCUAUGCCCACAACAAUGUUGUAAUCUGGAAGUACCCCUCUUUCACCAAAGUUGCAGAGCUCAACGGCCACGAGGACAGAGUUCUCAGUUUGACUCUGAGCCCAGACAAGUCCACAGUCGCAUCCGUUGCUGCAGAUGAGACUAUUCGCCUCUGGAAGAGCUUUGAAGAGGAUCCAGUUAAGAAGAAGGCCCAAGAGAGGAUGGUCAAAUCAACUAACGGUGUCAUUCAUCAAUCAAUUAGAUGACUUGCUUUUCUUUACUUUUGAGGCUUUUUUUGGUCUAUGAUUGAAUUUAUACAAAUGUUUUAUUUAAUCUACAAUAAAGACUUUCCAUCCAGUGUUUUAGGCAUAACUGA